AUGGAGGUCGCGAUGGUGAGCGCCGAGAGCUCGGGCUGCAACAGCCACAUGCCCUACGGCUACGCGGCGCAGGCCCGGGCCCGGGAGCGGGAGCGGCUGGCCCAGUCGAGGGCCGCGGCGGCCGCGGCGGUGGCGGCGGCCACGGCCGCGGCCGCGGAGGGCGCUGGGGGCCCCGGGGGCGGCGCGCACCAGCAGCACCAGCAGCACCAGCAGCACCAGCAGCACCAGCAGCAGCAGCUGCAGCAGCAGCAGCCCCGCGGCACCUGCCCCGCGCUCGAGCCCCAGGGCGGCCGUGUGGCCCGGAGGCGCCGGCGCUCGCGGCCCAACCGGAGGAGGCCGCCGCCGCGGCCCGGCGGCUUCCCGCACGGCUCGGACCUGCUGCCCAGCGGCUCGGAGGAGAGGAUCCUGAGGGAGCUGAGCGACGAGGACGAGGACGAGGACGACGAGGACGACGACGACACCGAGGAGGAGGCCCGGCUGGGCCGCGGCCAGGACGACCGCGCGGCCCACGGCUCCUGCAGCGACCUGCUGCCCCGGGACGACGGCGCCUACGGCCCGGGCCGGCCCAGCGGCUGCUGCGAGCGGGUGGUCAUCAACGUGUCGGGCCUGCGCUUCGAGACCCAGAUGAAGACCCUGGCCCAGUUUCCCGACACCUUGCUGGGCGACCCCGAGAAGAGGACGCAGUACUUCGACCCGCUGCGAAACGAGUAUUUCUUCGACAGGAACCGGCCGAGCUUCGACGCCAUCCUGUACUACUACCAGUCGGGCGGCCGCCUCAAGAGGCCGGUCAACGUGCCCUUCGACAUCUUCACGGAGGAGGUGAAGUUCUACCAGCUGGGAGAGGAGGCCCUGCUCAAGUUCCGGGAGGACGAGGGCUUUGUGCGGGAGGAGGAGGACCGGGCCCUGCCGGAGAACGAGUUUAAAAAGCAGAUCUGGCUCCUCUUUGAGUACCCGGAGAGCUCCAGCCCAGCCAGGGGCAUCGCCAUCGUGUCCGUCCUGGUCAUCUUGAUCUCCAUCGUCAUCUUCUGCCUGGAAACCCUGCCCGAGUUCCGGGACGACAGGGACCUCAUCAUGGCACUGGGCGCGGGGGGACACGGCGGGUCGUUGAACGACUCCUCGGCGCCCCACCUAGAGAGCUCAGGGCACACCAUCUUCAACGACCCCUUCUUCAUCGUGGAGACCGUCUGUAUUGUCUGGUUCUCCUUCGAGUUUGUGGUCCGCUGCUUCGCUUGUCCCAGCCAAGCACUCUUCUUCAAAAACAUCAUGAACAUCAUUGACAUUGUCUCCAUUUUGCCUUACUUCAUCACGCUGGGCACCGAUCUGGCCCAGCACCAGGGGGGCGGCAACGGGCAGCAGCAGCAGGCCAUGUCCUUUGCCAUCCUCAGGAUCAUCCGUCUGGUCCGCGUGUUCCGAAUCUUCAAGCUGUCCAGGCACUCCAAGGGCCUGCAGAUCCUGGGCCACACGCUCCGAGCCAGCAUGCGGGAGCUGGGCCUUCUGAUCUUCUUCCUCUUCAUCGGGGUCAUCCUGUUCUCCAGCGCCGUGUACUUCGCGGAGGCCGAUGAGCCCACCACCCAUUUCCAGAGCAUCCCAGAUGCGUUUUGGUGGGCCGUGGUGACCAUGACGACUGUGGGCUACGGGGACAUGAAGCCCAUCACCGUGGGGGGCAAGAUCGUGGGGUCCCUGUGUGCCAUCGCAGGUGUCUUAACCAUCGCUUUGCCGGUGCCAGUGAUUGUCUCUAACUUUAACUAUUUCUACCACAGAGAGACUGAGAAUGAGGAGCAGACGCAGCUGACACAGAAUGCGGUCAGUUGCCCGUACCUCCCCUCUAAUUUGCUGAAGAAAUUCCGGAGCUCUACGUCUUCCUCCCUGGGGGACAAGUCAGAGUAUCUGGAGAUGGAAGAAGGAGUCAAGGAAUCCCUCUGCGCGAAGGAGGAGAAGUGUCAGGGAAAGGGGGACGACAGCGAGACGGAGAGAAACAACUGUUCCAACGCCAAGGCUGUGGAGACCGAUGUGUGAACCCUGCUCUCCGCCCGCCGCCGGCCCCCCCUCCCCUCCCCGACCCCGGUAUCUCCAGCUACAUCUCACGCGUAGAGAGCGCAGUUGCGAGUUGCGACGACGGCGAGAUGUGCCGACGGACCCGAUGCGCAGAGCACCGCACCAUUUACUUAAAGGUUACCCGUGGCGUGAUGGUCACUAAACUUGUAUGGCGCAUCGAAUAAGAUGGUACAUCCUGGAGAAGAGGGAGGCUAAAAUUAGGAGCAGAUCUAUCUUUAUAUAUUUUUUAUCAGAAUGCAAGAAUUUUGCACAUCAACCGGAGAAGAUGUCCAGAGAGCAGAGGUGGUGGCUCCACGGAGAGAAUGUGUACGCGUGUGCUUGCGUGUGUGCGCGCUGCGUGCGUGUGUAAGCGAAUUGUCAACGUUGCCAGUCGUUGUGCGGUGAUGGGAGAAGUUGGCAUUUUGAAGUAUUUACUAUGUAAGAAAUGACGAACCCGAGCAGUCAUCUAUUAGUGCUUUGACAGCAUCUCAUGUCUUUGGAUUCCAUGAUUGUUUUUAAAGAACUGUAAGAAUUACCGUGUAGAAAAAAAAAAAGAGAGAGAGAGAGAGAGAAAGAAAAGAAAGUGGAUUAUUUAAUAGAAUAUAGGUCACGAUUUUAUCUUGGAUUUAAUUAAAGUUUAUUUUUAACUGGAAAUUCACUUUUGAAAAGGCCGCAGGGGCCUUUGGAAAUUGAUUAUAUUUUAUUACUGAUUUCGGGGGAAGAUGGGACAGCCAAUGCCUAACACUAUGGAAGAAGUGAAACCAGAGAAAAUGUAACAAGUCUUGCUCACAGUUAACGGGACUGGAAUUUUUUUUUUUUUCCCUUUCCUUUGCACUAUUUUAUAUGCUGGAGAUGGAGAGAGACUUCCUACUGUGAAUGUUUACUGAUGUAACAGCUCCGUGACAAUCACUGGGAGAAUGAUUUCUUGGUCUUACGCGAUAGUCCUUCUCUUUGUGUGAGACUAAUGGCCGCGCAGAUAACAGCACAUGGUCCCCCUUUUUAAAAUUCCAGAUAACUGAUCUGCAAAGGGAGUAUGAAGUAACACUUAGCAACGGAAUCUUUUGAGAUCGGACUGUUCACGACGAUGCUUCCGAAACCAUACGACUUAAUUAUUCUUCUGCCUUUUAAAUCCAGAAUAAUUUAACCAAAGUUAAUGCAUGCACUGAAAGAGUUCUUGAAGAAAUAAGAUGCCCAGCAGCUACAGUGAUUAUGGCUUAAGAGCUUUCUAUUAAA